AUGAUGGAGAACGGUAUCUGGGCUUUUUACUAUCUACAGGGUGAAGAUGGAGAAGAUCGUGCGCAUCCAAACGCUUUUCGACUAGCGGACGUCUCCCCAGGCACUGACGUGACACUUGCGGAUGUGUUGCGAUGCUUUCCGCUGCACAAUCCAGCGGCUUUUCACUUCCGAUUUCGACUUAAUAACAGUAAAAACAAUACGUUUUAUUGGCUGGACGUGACGCAGCCAUUGCAGAAGGUGCCACUGGUCGGUGGUCGUGUCAUCUGUAAGCUCCUACGACUUGAACGGCCAUCGAAACCCGGUCUGGUUUUCCGACGUCGACCUGUGCUCAAGUGGGCAAGUGGUAGCCAACCACCUAAACGUCAGGGCAAUUCUAGUGGACUUGGUAAUAGUUCGAGCAGUUUGCAGUCGGUAAAGACUAUGCAGCCAUUGGAAAGCAGCAAGUUUCAUCGAUCGUCGUCCUUCCCGGCGUUCGAGCAGGGUCGACCGCUCAAGUACUCGGAUCGAGCAUCAGAACGUGGUAAUGGAGCAGAGAAUCGGCAUAGUAAUGCAUCAAGUCGUGCUUCUUCUACAUCUGGAGAGAAAAAGUCAAUACGAUUAGGAUCCAAGACGGUGACUCCAGCUCAAGGAAAUCUUGAAGAUUUUUUGUCAGGCAACAGUCAACAGACACACAAGAAAGAUGUGAAUCUAAUGAGUGAUAGCGGUUGGACUGACGCACCAGCUACGCUUCAUGCCAACUCCAAUUUUCUGAACGCAAUGGACCCAUUGGCGGCUCGUACUGUGCCGGCUGCGCAAGUUUCACCUUCCGAGGCUGUAUACAAAGAUCCGCCUAAGUUUGACGACGAUAACGGACAGACUAUAGGUCCCGUUACCAUGGCGGAGAUGGAGGCCCACUCCAAGUCUACGUCGGACGGAUCUAACGUGUACAAUCCGAAUCUAGUGGAUAAGUCGACAAAGAGCGAAGGCGUACGUCGUGCAAUGGAAGAGCGUGAGCGGCAGGUGCAACGUGAUGUGGAACGGGCUCGUGAAGAUUUGCGCACGCGUGAAGAAGCCGUGCGCAAUAUGACUGCCAUGAAAGAUAAUGCAAACGCUGUAAUUGGCCCGAGAUUGAAGGGUUGGGCGGAAGAUAAUGGUCGGGUGAAGAACAUCCGCACGCUGUUGUCUACAAUGCACCAGGUCAUGUGGGAAGACUGUAAAUGGUCCGAGGUGAACAUGGGCAAGCUCAUUCAGCCCAACGAUGUGAAAAAGUAUUACCGCAAGGCCAUGAUCGUCGUACAUCCAGACAAAUCCGGUGGACGCAGCGCGGAGCAGUUGCUGAUCGCAGAGCGCGUUUUUGCAGCCCUUAACAAUGCAUGGGAAGAAUUUCAGAAAGCUAAUUCAUGCUAG